AUGUCCCUGCCCUUUGUGGUGGUGUUGCCCCUGUUGAUAAUUGUGACAGCAGGGGUGUACUACGUCUACAAUGAGGUCAUACACUUCAUGUCCAGGUCCUUAGUGCGAAACAAAGUGGUGGUGAUCACAGAUGCUGUGUCCGGGGUGGGAACUGAAUGUGCUCAUCUCUUCCAUAAGGGCGGUGCCAGGCUGAUUCUGUGUGGGACGACCUGGGAUAAGCUUGAGUCACUAUAUGACUCUCUGACCAAUGAGGCUGACCCCAGAGAGACAUUUGCCCCAAAGCUGGUGAUCAUGGACUUCAGUGAUAUCGACAGCAUGGAGGAUGCGAUGUCUGAGGUGUUGGAGUGCUAUGGCUGUGUGGAUGUGCUGAUCUGUAACAGCAGCAUGAAGCUGAAGGCCCCGGUGCAAAAUAUCUCUCUGGAGUUGGACAGAAACAUCAUGGACAUCAACUACUUUGGGCCCAGCACUCUGGCCAAAGGUGUUCUUCCAACAAUGAUCUCCAGAAGAUCAGGACACAUUGUGUUGGUCAACAGCAUCCAGGGCAAGCUGGCUAUUCCAUUCAGAAGUUCAUAUGCUGCAUCUAAGCAUGCGGUACAGGCCUUCUUCGACUGCCUGCGGACUGAAGUGGAGGAGUAUGGGAUAGUUGUCAGCACAAUCAGUCAUACCUUCAUCAAUGUCUCUGAACUGCCACCAGCUGAGGAGCAAAUCCCUAAACCAGGCAUCCUGGCUGCAUAUAUCGCCAGCCAGCUGACCCAUGGCGUGCGCCCAUCAGUCCUGGCUAAUGAGAUUAUGGAAACGGUGAACAGGAAGAGGAAGGAGGUUGUGCUGGCCCACCCAAUCCCCAGGGUGGCCCUCUACCUCCGCUCCCUGUUCCCCUCCUUCCUCUUUGCUGUGCUGGCCGCUGGAGUGAAGGACUCCGUGCUGGCUGAGCAGAUGAAAUAGGAGAGAGACAGAAAUGA